CGGUUUCUGCCCGGCCCGGGUUGGUUCCGGACAGAUUCCGCUGACAUUGCUGAGGUCUGUUGUUACCAAACUUCGCCUCCUCGUCCCGGAGCCGCUCCUCCGCUGCUCCUCCGCUCCUCCUCCGCUGCUCCGCUGCUCCCCGCGGCUCCCCGCAGACAUGUACCGGCGGCCGCUGCAGCUCGCCGCCCGGAGCGUCUUCAGCGCGGCCGCGUCCCGAGCAGCCGCCGGGAAGGUUCUGGAUCUUCAAGUGUGUGUUCCAGCUGCAGCAGCCCUCCAGCGGAGCGGAGUGUUCUCUCCAUGUUCCACAGUGCGUCGCGCUCUGCACACCAACACACAGCUGUGCAGUGUGAAGGAGACGCCGCAGCACUCGGAGGAGGAGGUGGGAGCCUUCACCAAGCUCAUCGAGGCCAUGGGCUUCACCGGCCCGCUCAAGUACAACAAGUGGAAAAUCAAGAUCGCCGCUCUGCGGAUGUACACCUGCUGCGUGGAGCGCAUCAACUACGACGAGUUCUUCGACAAGUGCGCCCUCCCUGACACUCUGAACUCCUGGUUCCUGGUGGCUCAGCUUCAUGUGUGGAUGUGUUUGGUCCGGAUGCGUCAGGAGGGCCGGGAGGGGAAGUACAUGUGUCGCUACAUCGUUCACUCCAUGUGGGAGGAUGUGGAGCAGAGGAGCAAGAUCAUGGGGAUCGACGCCGUCCACAGGAAGGAGGCCCUGAAGGCCAUGACCGAGACCUUCUACGCCGCCAUCUUCGGAUACGAUGAGGGCGUCCUGUCUGAUGACUGCGUUCUGGCUGCAGCUCUGUGGAGAAACUUGUUCAACCGUCAGUGUGACGACCCCCAACAGCUGGAGCUGCUGGUGGAGUACGUCCGCAAGCAGAUGCAGUUCAUUGACUCUCUGGACGGAGACGACCUGCUGCUGACUGGAGAGGUGAAGUGGCGCCCUCUGGUGGAGGAGAACGCUCAGAGCAUCCUGAAGGUGUCCAGACCCACGUACAAUGACACGGGGCUGUGAUUCCUCCUCCCCUCCUCCUCCUCCUCUCCUCCUCCUCCUCUCCUCCUCUCCUCCUCUCUUCUUCUUCAUGUCAGGAGUUUCGGUCUAAAGGUUUAUCUUCUCACUCAGAGGACCUGAACCUCCUCCAAACAGAUGCUCUGUAUUUAUAACCUCUUUUGUACCUCCUGUCCUCCUGUCCUCCUGUCCCCCUGUCCUCUGCAGUGUUUAAAUAAAGUUCUGGGCUCUGGUUCUGUCAGCAGCUCUCCUGUUUUUAAAAGACGAUCAAUAAAGUUUUCUCUGACGUUA